GGGGGGAAGAAUGAUCUAAAAAUUUUCAGGUAAUAUAUAGAGGUCAGUGUAUUUUGCAAUUGCAAAUUUGCAAAGACGAAAUCGAAACAAUUUCUGUCAAAGAGGAUUUCAAAGAUUUUAACACAAAAACACUUCGUAAUAAUCCUUCUGUGUAUUGAUUAACUAUGGUAAGCUAAUAUAGAAGUAAAAUUUGAGCAAUCGCGUAAGAUAUCUUUGGGUGCAUUUCAAUGAUUUUCGUAUAAAUACCUACUUCCUCUAUUAGAAAUUUUUCGAAAUAUUUUCUUGAUGGGUAUAUAAUAUAUUGAAUUUUAUAGCCUCCUCCAACGCAAUUAUCUUCGCAAGACGAGCAGGAAAAGUUAUUAGAUGAGGCACUACAAGUCGUUAAAUCACAGUCUUUUCAGAUGAAACGAUGUUUGGUAAGAUAAAUGUGCAUGCAUCUUGGCUGCCUGGCAUGAAAAAUGGAAUAUGUGUAAAUUUAUCAAUUUAGAUGGCUUUAAAUCUGAUCAGAUAUUUUGUUUUUUCAGUACUUUUUAUUACUUUAUAAUUUGGGCAUGAUAACCUAAUGGUAAAAGUCUACUACAGGCAGUCUUGCAAUAUAAACUGAGACUGCAUGUCUGCAUAAUUGAUUACUUAUUAUUCCAGAAUAAUUACUGGGUUACUGGUCAUUAGUACUUAUUACAGUAGAGUAAUAACAUAUGGCACCUUAUCUCUGGACUGAACAACCAUGCUGUUUACACAAAACCAGGCAGACAAAAUUGGAAAUGCAAAGAAAUUCAUCCCAUUCUGCUUGAGUUGAGUGAUUUUGCAAGUUCACAUUCAUCUUUUGGCAAUCAUUUGCUACAAUUUAUACCAAAAAGUUUUCUCUCAUGAUUGUGGGAGCAUAAAAUAUGCACUGAGCAUCCUCAUUGAGUUGAUAUGGUCCUUGCGCAUACAGAAACCCUAUGUGUUCUAAGAUAUCACAUGCGUACCUCAUAUCUGUAGGUCACGUGAGCGAAGAGGACAUAAGCCAAUUCCCUUUUUCAUUCCCCUCCCCACAUAGGAGAAGGUGUUCUUCUCGAAAUCUUCUCUCAUCUUGAUGAAAGUGGAUCCACUGUUAGACAUCGCAUAUUUUUUCAUUAAUUAUGGGCAUCACAUGUACGUUGGGUCAUUCCAGAAAACGUCCAUACCUCCUCCAUGGAGGAAAUUGGAAGUUAAUCUCCCUACCCCCUUCAAAUGUCCUAAUACACUUAUUAUUAUCUGAAACAUAUUUUUCUCGCCUCCCCUUCCAGACGGCAGAAAUUUCCUCCUUGGGAGGAGUAUGGAUCUUUUAUGGAACGGCUCAUUAUUCAGCUGUUAACCAUGGUAUCAACAGUUGUUUUGCUUUCAAAUAAAAAAUGGCAAAUUAUUUAUACUUUGGCAUUCUUGAUUCUAUGCAAAAAAGAGCUUUUGUCCAACUUGUCAUCUUAAAUGGCUUAGGAAGAAAGUCACAGCUUAUUUAAGCCCUCGAUCUAAUAGUAUUAACUGUUAUAAUUGGGUCCUAGUGGCUCAUAAUGAAGUAUUUCUUAUUACAGGACAAAAGCAAGUUAAUGGAUGGGUUGAAGCAUGCAUCCAAUAUGUUGAGCGAGUUGAGAACUUCCCUUUUGUCUCCAAAAAGCUAUUAUGAACUUUGUAUCCUUUACAUAUGUAAACAGAAAUUAUGCAAUGGUACUUCAGCUUUACGUUCCUAACUUUUCAUAUAUUGGUGGGUUUGUCAAAAUUCAAAACAGAAAACCGUCUAAAAAACCCCAAUUUUUAUAACUUUAAUAUGUCAAACUAUACUACCACUAGACCUUUUUUACUACUAGAUUAAAUUUGUUUUAAAAACAAUUGUACUAAUGGUAUAGUACUGCUUAUAGUACUUAAUAUAUGUCAGCGGUAAGCUACAGAUAGGUGUGCUAUUUUUUAACGUUUGAAAGUUGGAAGUUUCGUCAGAAAACAUUGAACUAGCACCGUGUUUUGACAAGGUGCCAUUCAGGUUUUUUACCUAGAGCUAAAUGUUUCCCCUUGAUCCUGAAAAGAUGAACAUUAAUACAAUGUUAUUAAAGUAUAAAUUGUUCUUAACCCAUGGCUUUCAAAGACAUGGCCAUAUCUGAUGAAUUACGUCAUUUGGAGUUACAUUUGGUGGAUGAAUUUCAGAAGGGCAGAAAAGUUUCAGAUCUUUAUGAAUUAGUGCAAUAUGCAGGAAACAUUGUGCCUCGACUGUAAGUAGUGGAUGUUGUGUCUUUUUAAGCAAGAGAGAGAGAAAAAAGUACACACAUUGAAUUUAAAGAUACUUAUUACAUACAUUGCUUAUUUGGAAGUAUUUUUUUGAAAAAACAUGCCUGAAACAGGGCCAUGCAUAUGCAGAAUUUUUCACCAGGGGGCAGUAAUAGAUAUAUCCUGAAAUAAGUAUCCAAAUGUCAAUGCACUCAAAGUUAUAUCAGUUAGAGAUGUUCUCUAAAAACUCUCUUUAGGUAUUUGCUUAUCACAGUUGGUGUAGUAUACGUCAAAGCAAAAGAAACAUCAAGGAAAGAUAUUUUGAAAGAUCUUGUUGAAAUGUGCCGUGGAGUUCAACAUCCGCUCCGAGGAUUAUUUUUGAGGAAUUACCUUCUUCAGUGCACCAGGAAUUUGUUGCCAGAUAUGGAAGGUGAAGCCAGGUAAUGACAGGUUUUCCACUACUGUAGCUGGCAGAAAUUUAUUUUACUUAAAGGCAUAAGGCGUAAAAAAAAAAUACCUGUGGUUCCGGUUUCAUAUCGUGAAAAAAUUAGGGUCGGUAGGUCGGAAAUAAAUUUUUUUUUUGAAUAUUUUUUUCAUGGUUUUGGCGGUUUUUUGCUGGGCGAUUUGCAGUAGAGUCCCGACAUCAAAUAUUAACUAGAGAUGCGUAUUUCCUAUGGAUGAAUUUAGGCAAUUUGGUUCAAUAAUUAGUGUGACAACAGAUGCCAUUUUGGCAAGCUGUAUGAGCAGCCUGCGACCACCCGGAGAAAAUAGGGUUGCACGGUCAAUCACAUUGAAACAGUGAUAGGGUCGGCAGAAAAAAAUAGGGUCGUUUGGGAACCGGAACCACAGGUAUUUUUUCUUAGGCCUGAGCUACAGAGUCCAGUUGUCAAGCUAUAACCAUGAGUACAUGUAUAUAUACUAAGGUGAUGGCAAUGUACAAUGUAUGCGUAAAUAUCAGGAUUUGGGGCAUCCAGUGAUCUCACAUGAUAUAACUACAAAUCCCUUCUACUAUAUAUUUUCCCGUAUUUCCCCUGACUGGUGUAUUUUUACUUCAGCGAGGGAGAAUUGGAUGGGACAGUAAGAGACUCGAUUGACUUUAUCCUGCUGAACUUCUCUGAGAUGAACAAGCUGUGGGUGAGAAUGCAACAUCAAGGUCACACCCGCGACAAAGACAAGAGAGAAAAGGAACGACAAGAACUCAGGAUUUUAGUUGGGACAAAUCUUGUGAGAUUGAGUCAGUUGGAGGGAGUUGAUGCUGCUUUGUAUAAAUCGGUCAGUUGUUCAUAUAUCUUAGUUGCCAACAGGGGCAGAUCUAGCCUCAUCUGCAUGGAGAGGUGCAGGUUUUCCGUGGGGUGGUGCUUGAGGGAGCCUUCUGGACCUCUCUAGGGGGAUGUUUGACACCAUUAGGCACACCUCCCUGCACCCCCACAAUAGAUCCGCCCCUGGUUGCCCAAAAAAAUUUGUUACAUGUCUUUUGUUAUUGGUUGGUUUCAUUAACGGUUAAUAGGGUGAAACACUAUCUAGGACAUUAGGCAGGCUGUCAAGAACUUGUUUCAAAAUUUCAUCUUGCGUAUGUUUUACUUGACAUUUUUAGGUUGUUCUGAAAGGUGUUCUUGAACAAGUAGUCAGCUGUAGAGACGCGAUUGCUCAGGAAUACUUGAUGGAAUGUAUUAUUCAGGCGAGUGAACGACAGACGUAACCCCCAAGGAAAAUCCGAGUGUAAAAUGCGCGAAUUGCUAUAUGGUUUUGUUCACAGGGAAUUCAUAUGGUGAAGCCCCUGUCGUUGAUGAGAUUGGCAACUCUCGUUCGUUUGGUUCAAAUUUUGAUGAGAGUUGAUGAGAGUCAACAUCCAGUCAACUCCCAUCAAUUCUCGCUUGACCGGGGCUGUGGAUAUGAAAGUUGAAAAUUCUCAUGCUAAAUCUCGCUUCUCAACCCUCAUCCUCCUUGACCGUGACUUUAGCUGCGCUUGAACGGAGUUUCAUUGUUAAUAAAGUAUUGUAUUAUACCCAUGUUAAUCAGAUACGUACCUCUUUUAAGCUGACACAUACAAGGUCUGACUGAAGUGUGUGUAGCACUAAAGCCCUGGGCAAACAUUGUUGUGGAAACUUUUGUGAUUCUCUGGGAAGCAAUUGAUGUUUCCCUCUGUUUCUCACUAAUGUUUCCUAGUGUUUGCCCACUCUUGGAAACAUGGCGAAACAUUGGUAGGAAACAAUGUUUCCGCAACAAUGUUUCCUAGUUUGCCCAGGGCUUAAAGCCUCUGCCAAGAAGCGAGAGUUUGCAUGAGAGUUUUCUCAACUCUCUUGCCCCGGUCAAACGAGAACAAGAGUUGAAUGAGAGUCGAUGAGAGUUGGUGAGCAAACGCGAGCGAGAGUUGCAAUGCUCAUCAACUCUCAUCCUCUAUUGACCGAGGUUUUAACUUAUCAAAUCUGUUCUUAUCUUAAAUGUUUAGGUGUUCCCAGAUGAGUUUCACUUACAAACACUGACGACGUUUCUUCAAGCCUGCGCCAACCUCCAUGGAGAAGUGAACGUCAAGAACAUCAUUAUUUCUUUGCACUCGCGAUUGGCUUUAUUUGCGACCAAGGAUGAUGGCGAAGGCAUUCCUGAAGAUAUCAAAUUGUUUGAUAUAUUUUCACAACAAGUAUCGUCCGUUGUACAGGUAAAGAAACUCGUAGCGUCGUAUGUGUGUAGAAAGGUUUGGCUACCCAAUGAAAACUCUCGAUUUUCUGUCCACAGCCAAUCAGAGGCAUUCUAUGCGAGUAUGCAUCUUUUUGGCGGGAAAGGUUCCCGCUCUUUUGGUCGACACAACGAGCGCUAUAUGUAUCAUAAUAAUAAAAUUCUGAGCAAUUUAAAAACAUAGUUUCUUUACAAAAUGUGACUUUGCUGUGGAAACAACGUUUCUUUAUUUCCACCUUCGAGAAACAUUGCUAUAGAAAACACUGUUUUCUGGUUUGCCCACUGUGGGGAAACAUGGCCAGUACUAGGUUUAUUUUUUAAUUUUAUUUUCAUUUAAAAGGCAAGAGAAGACAUGCCAGUCGAAGAUAUCAUUGCCCUUCAAGUCUCUCUGAUCAACUUGGCAUUGAAUUGCUAUCAUGAUCGUUUUGACUACGUUGACAAAGUCCUAGAGUACACUGUCGAGAUAUUCAGCAAGAAAGAAUUGACCCAGUAAGUUUUACAAGUAACUUC